ACCAUAAGUCUGCACACCGAAGCGCAGUUGAAAAUAUUGUGGAUGGGAGAGAAACAGACAAGUUGAGGAGAAAAAAAACAACGACUUCAGGCUGGGCAACGACAAUUCACCGCGUAGAAGGAAACCCCAACGUGCGAGGGAGAAAGCAGUGAAGGAGGGGAGACCUUGUAACACUGGAGGUAUCAUGGUGGGCGAGCGCCGCAAUGGGAACCUGCUGGUUCAUUUGGGGCCGAAACAGCAGGCUUAUCCAGAGGAGCUGAUCCGUCAGAGGCGCACUCAUGACGGCCAGACAGAGUACCUCAUCCGCUGGAGCCUGCUGGCUGUGGAUGAUGGCACCAGCUCAGGCAGCAGCAGUAACGAGACAGGCAGUGGUGGUGGUGGUAGCUCUGGUGUUGGUGGCUCUGGUGGCUCCUCUUCUGGUGAGAGUAAAACAGAAAAUAUCCUGAUGUGGAUGUCAACUGAGGAUGUGUAUGCCAACUGCCCCACGCUGCUGGGUAAGCGUCCUCUGCUUGAGGAGAACGAGAGGCCCAGUGGUCAGUUUCCUGCUGACGUCACCUUCGAUGAAGUGGAGCUCUCUGACAUGAAAGAUGACGUCAAGAACCUUGUCGAGCGUGCGCGGAAGCAAAUGGCCAAAAACAGUGAUUUUGCCAUUAGCCUAACGCACACCAUUCAUGUGCUGAGCGCCUAUGCUAGUAUCGGCUCGCUGGUAGGAGUCUUCAAGGAGACUGGUGCACUAGACCUGCUCAUGGAAUUGCUGUGCAACAAAGAGCGACAGACCCGGCGGAGUGCUGGAAAGAUGUUGCGUGCUCUGGCCUCUCACGAUGCAGGAAGUCGUGCCUACGUACUGCUGUCUCUCAGUCAGCAGGAUGGCAUUGAGCAGCACAUGGACUUUGACAACCGCUACACCUUGCUGGAGCUGUUUGCAGAGACCACCUCUUCAGAGGAGCAUGGGAUCUCGUUUGAGGGCAUCCAUCUACCCCAGAUCCCAGGCAAGCUGCUUUUCUCCCUGGUGAAGCGCUACUUGUGUGUAACCUCGCUGAUGGACAAGCUCAACACAGCAGGCGUGGAGUCCAGCUCUGAGCGUCAGGACCCUGGACCGUCAUCCUCCUCAUCAACCACAUCAGGCCAUCAGUCGGAGCAGUCUCGAGUGCAACGUGAGUUUGAGUACACCAUGGCAAUGGCUAACCUCAUCUCAGAGCUGGUGCGUGUGAUGGGCUGGGACCGCAACCGCCAGCCUCCCCUUCCCACACUUACAGCAGCAGAAGGGGCAGAAGAUUUGGAAGAAGAGGCAAACAGGCGUACUGUCCGCUCCAUCUUCCAGCCUCGAUUCUCUGCCUCCCCUACUGUUGUGACUGCCUCGGUGACGGUAGCAUCCACUCCGCCAAAGAAGAAGACAGGAAACGGCUUCAAGACUCGCACUGACUUUGCUACACGCUCUGCCUAUGUGGAGUAUGUGCAGGACAACCUGAAGAGUGGAAUGCAGGUGCGCAUGUUGGAGGACUAUGAGGAGGUCAGUGCCGGUGAUGAGGGAGAGUUUCGGUACAGCAACGAUGGCUCGCCACCUGUUCAGGUAUACUGGAACUCAAUCUCCAGGACCUACUGGGUGCACUGGCACAUGGUUGAGAUCCUGGGUUCUGGAAGCAGUGGACAAGCCGAGAAAGAGACUCAGGAAAAAGCGACUUCUCUCACAGAGACACUCAAACUCACUACUGUGAGUCAGACGUUCUUCUCGAAGCCACCUGGUGGACUAUACUCAUUGCCUUAUCUGAUAGACAGCCUUCAUGAUGAUGAAAGCACCCUUACUCGUGCUGAGUGGUGGGAAGUGCUCUUCUUUAUUAAGAAGCUGGAACCAAAGCAGCAGCAGGAGGUCAACAACAUCCUGCGACAGAACCUUGAUGAACAGGUUGUGGAGCUGGAUGAGGUUACUCUAAUCCAGCUGUCAGUGUCAAGCGAGGUGGCCCGUAAGAUCCUGCACUACCUGAAGCAGACACUGCAGGCCUCCUGCCUAGGUGACCUGCUCUGCUCACACACCUUUGCCAAGCACUACUUGCGGCGUGGCGGAGCAAGUCUGGAGGAUGAGGAGAUGCUCACAGACGGCUCCCUCAAUCCCUCUGGGCUAAGUGGACAGGCCAUCUCAUCUUCAUCAGCGGCACCUGCAGCUUCAACCUGCUCAGCUUCCUCCUCCACCUCCACAAUGGGCUCUGUCUGUAAAAAGCCUAAAAAAGAGAUCCCUGCUGAUACUGGCAGCUGCAGCAGUGACACAGAGAGCGAGCUGCCAACUGAAGAUGAGACCAAGUUUCCUGAGGACCUGGAGGAAAAAAUGAAAGUAUUCAAUAAUCCUAAGGUACAAGGUAAGAAGACAGCCUUGGAGAAGAUUGGAGAGGUUGUAGACAUCAUGAAGAAGAGCAGCUCUGACCCCGGACAGCAGCUGGCUGGCAUGAAAUUUAUCUGUAAAGUCCUGGAGGAAGAGGGCCCUCAGGAACGGAGCACCCUUAGAUCAGACUCGGCACAAACCAUCCGGGAUAAAGUCUUGAAGAUGCUGGUAGAGAUGAUUGGAAGCCAGCCAAAGCAAAACGCCAUCAUUGCUUUGCUCCUGACCCGCAGCCUCAUGCUUAAAUAUGAGUGGCGGGUUUCCUUUGCUACAGAGGGUGGAGUUAAGGCCAUCUUGUCAUGCAUGCAAGAGUAUCCCACCUGCACCCGAGUGCAGCAGAUUGCAUUAGCGACUCUGAAGGUCAUCACAGGUGCCAGUAAGCACGACCUGCGCAGUGUAGGGAGCUGUCUGCCACUGUCAGAGUCUGGAACUCAGAUGAUGCUGGAGAUCUUUGCCAGCAUUGGCUCAGCAACACCUGAGGGCUCCAAAGGGCUUCUUGGUGCCAUUCCCUCCGCUGUUGACCUCAUGCUCAACACCUCUGGGUGUGGGCUGUCUGUGCGGAAUGGCCUGUUGGUCAUAAUCAUGCUGAUCUCCAAUCACAAGAGCCUGGCGGAGCAGCUGGUGGCCUGUGAUGUCACUGCUGUGCUUAAAAAGUGCCUUUCUGCCCAGCGCUCUGAAACAAUGUUGGCAAUAAUUGCCCUCAGCCACAUCUCUAAUGUUCACAAAUUGGAAAAGAACGAGUCUAAGGAGGAGCUUGACUUCAAGGACACAGAGCUGAAGAUGUUGGUGGUGGGUCUGAAGGAGAUGACCACCACCAAAGAGGUUAUUAUGACCUUGGAGCAGCUGCUCUGUGAUGACACCUCUCAGCUGGAAGAGGAGAGAAAUGAGGUGAUGCGUAGCAGAGACACUUUUCAGGACCUGGUGCGCCUCAUGGACCAGCACAGAGUGGAACGUGCAGUGCAGCUCCCCAUUCUCAGAAUCUUGAACAAGUUCUUGGACAACUAUCAGGAGGAUCUGCUUCCUUGGCACGAGAGCAUUGAACCUUGCCUGUCCUCAAUGACAGCCUGUAUUAAUGAUAGAGAGACUGUGCAGCAGUUCAUCCGUUUCCUCUAUCGCCUGGCCUCUCUGAACAAAGACUAUGCUGUCGUUAUGUGUCGUCUUGGCACUAAAGAGGCACUCGUCAAAGCUUUGGACAAGCACAGCACCAAUCUGUUAAUGGUCACAGAGCUACGCGACCUGAUUAAUGACUGUGAAAAGUACGCCAGCCUUUAUAAGAAGAUGACCACCAGUGUGCUGGCUGGAUGCAUACAGAUGGUCUUGGGCCAGAUUGAAGAACACCGCAGAAACCAUCAGCCCAUCAACAUCCCAUUCUUUGAUGUGUUCUUGCGCAACUUGUGCCAAGGCUCCAGUGUGGAACUGAAAGAGGAUAAAUGCUGGGAGAAAGUGGAAGUCUCAUCUAACCAUCAUCGAACUAACAAGUUAACCGACAAGAAUCCGAAAACUUACUGGGAAUCCAAUGGUUGCACAGGUUCCCAUUUUAUCAAUAUCUACAUGCACAAAGGGGUCAUUAUUAGGCAGUUGGCAGUGCUUGUAGCCAGUGAGGACUCGAGUUACAUGCCUGCACGUAUAGUAGUGCUGGGAGGAGAUGAUCCUACAAACAUCAACACGGAACUUAAUACUGUAAAUGUGCCACCCUCAGCCAGUCGUGUUGUUCUGCUGGAGAAUAUGACUCGCUUCUGGUCCAUCAUUCAGAUCAGGAUCAAGAGGUGUCAGCAGGGUGGCAUUGAUACACGAGUGCGUGGGUUUGAAGUUUUGGGCCCGAAGCCUACAUUCUGGCCGGUGUUUAAGGAGCAGCUGUGCUGCCGUACCUACCUCUUCUACACAACCAAGGCUCACACCUGGUGCCAGGAAAUCCUGGGGGACAAAGGCCAACUGCUGCAACUUUUUAAUAAGUUAAACAGUGCCCUCCGCCAUGAGCAAAUGUUUGCAGACCGUUUCCUGCCUGAUGCUGAAGCUGCAGAGGCUCUGGGCAGAACCUGCUGGGAGGCCCUAAUCAACCCUAUUGUACAGAGCAUUACUGUCCCUGGUAACCAGCUUCAGUAUUCGCCUGUUCUAAGCCCUCUCGCCUGGUUGCUCAGUGAAUAUUUGGAAAAUGCCGAAUCCUCAAAGCGAUAUAAGACCAGGGCUGCCAUUUUCAACUCUCGUGUGCGUCGCCUCACCCAUUUACUGGUGCAUGUCGAUACCAGCCGGCUUGAUACAGAAGAACUCAAACCUCCUGUCAAAUCCAAAGGUAUCAACAGAAGCAAAGAUAUAAAGAAUGGAAAAGAAGGAAAGAACAAGGAGGCGUCUGCGGCAACCUCGUCCUCCUCCCCCUCAUCUGCUGCAAAACCCAAAGUCAAGAACACCAGCAGUAUUGCUGGUAUUGCACUGUGUUGGCAGGGAGUCGUCCAGCGGCAAGUAAAAAAAUUCCUAGAUUUAACAUACAACAUGCCAGACUUUGUGGAGCGCUACAAGAACAUGUACUUGCGCCUGAAGAAUGCCAUGGAGGAGCUUUUUGGCCAGCAGACGGCCUUUGUUCUGGCCCUGCGCCAGGGAUUUUCCGCUGCACUGCUGCAGCUCUCCAUCCUUACUGCCAUGCAUGUGAGUGAACGGUUUGCACAGUAUAUAGACCACAUGAUUCAGGAGAGUGGUGUGGACUCUGGGAAUAUGGAGACACUGAACCAUCUGCAGCAAUUCUUAGAGCCCAUGCUCUUCCUCUCUGGCCUGGAGUUGGCCAACACGUUUGAACACUUCUACAGGUACUACCUGGGUGAUCGUCUGCUGGGUCAGGGCAAGGUGUGGCUGGAAAGUGCUGUGAUUGAGCAGAUCAGUACCUGCUUCCCUAACCGCUUCCCCCAGCAGAUGCUGAGUAACCUGACUGAGUCAGAGGAGCUGCAGCAGGAGUUCCAUCUCUACAGGCUACAGCAACUGGACAAAAAGCUGCAGGAUAUAGAUGAGGAGAUGAUGGAUGAGCAGCUGUCAGAGCCAGAUGAGGAGAGUGACGUGAAGGUGCUCGUUUUAUCUCCACGAUGUUGGGCCAUCUCUGCUCCUUGUUACCUGGAGGAACCCAGGAAAUAUUUUCCCCAGCAGCUCUGCAGCUACCUUGCUGAGUUUGCUGACUUCUACUGCAAGAGUCAGAGUAUGUAUAGCCUAAGCAACAGUAAGCCACGGCGGCUGCAGUGGACAUGGCUUGGCCACGCUGAACUGCGUUACGGCUCCUGCACACUCUGUGUCUCCACGCUACAAAUGUACAUCCUGCUACUGUUCAAUCAGCAAGAGGAUAUUAGUGUGGACAGUCUGCAGCAGGCCACUGGCCUGUCUCCAUCUGUGCUAGCCCAUGCUCUCAAACCUCUGACAUCCGAAAAGGGCAUUCUGACUCAUUCAGGCUGCAGCCAGGAUGUUGUGAAGGGGGUGCUGAAGUUGAAUAAGAAGUCAUUGGCACAGAACUCUGAGAAGCAAAGUUAUUGCUACUUGCUGCCCAAGCAAACCUACCUGAAUGUGGAUGAGGAUGCAGCUCGCACACUUGAGAGAAAACGAAACUACAUGUAUUGCCUCAUCGUGCAGAUCAUGAAGAAAGAGAAAGAGAUGCAUAUUGACAACCUGGUGUUUAAGGUGCUGGACAUGUGUCAGAAGCAGGAGAUUGGUCGCUCUCCCAGUUCAGUCCGCUUCAGCUGCAGUACUACCGAUGUGCUUUCCUGCAUCAUGCAUGUCAUCAACAAGGGCUACAUCCGUCGCAAUGAGGACAACCCCCACAUCGUGGAGUUCCUGGUGGAAGACCCAUCGACGCCCCAGAAGGGCCAGGCACACUUCUUCAGCAAGCUGGAUCUGAAGAAGGGCUCCAGCAGCAGCAAGGCUGACACCAGCCUGGGAGGCCUUAUUAUGGCCCCUCAGCAUGCGGAGGAUGGGGUAUUGGAGGCGGUGCUCUUUUCCAUGGGCCGCACCAUGACCCAGGAGGAGGUGAAGCAGCUAAUGCAGCGCACUGUCCAGCAGGUAGCCAGCACGCUCAGUCUGGAUUUGGACCGUGCCGAGCACCUGCUGGUGCACUGCAAGUGGAACGUAGAUAUGUUGAUCCAGCGCUACACGGAUGACCCAGACUCUCUGGUGCUGGCAGCUGGCCUCAAGAUCCGCAACCCUCAGCCCCCUCCUAGCCCUGUGACCGUCUGCCCCGUGUGCCUGAUCUCACGGUCCGGAGAGAUCGAGUCUGCGCCCACGCUCUGUUGCAUGCACUACUGCUGCAAGUCUUGCUGGCAGGAGUAUCUGACUGCUCGCAUUGAGCAAAAUCUGGUGAUGAACUGCAACUGCCCCAUCAUGGACUGUCGUGCUCAGCCAACUUCUCGGUUCUUCUACAGCAUCCUCACUGAUAAGGAUACCAUUGCAAAGUAUGAGAACGCUCUCCUGAGAGGCUAUGUAGAGUGCUGUUCCAACCUGACCUGGUGCACCAACCCUCAGGGCUGUGACCAAAUCCUCUGCAAAGAGAAUAUUGGAAGCAUGGGCACCUGCUCCAAAUGCUGCUGGUCCUCCUGCUUCAGCUGCAACUUUCCUGAGGCUCACUAUCCAGCCAGCUGCAGUCACAUGUCCCAGUGGAUGGAUGAUGGUGGGUACUAUGAAGGAAUGAGUAUGGAGGCUCAAAGUAAACAUUUGGCCAAACUCAUCUCCAAGCGCUGCCCCAGCUGCCAGGCGCAGAUUGAGAAAAAUGAGGGCUGCCUACAUAUGACCUGUGCCAAAUGUAACCAUGGAUUUUGUUGGAGAUGUCUCAAGCCAUGGAAACCAACUCAUAAAGAUUAUUACAACUGUUCAGCCAUGGUGAGCAAAGCUGCAAGACAAGAAAAAAAAUUCCAGGACUACAAUGAGAGGUGUACUUUCCAUAAUCAGGCCAAGGAUUUUGCCAUCAAUCUGGAAAACAAGGUGUCUUCUAUCAAUGAGGCCUUGCAGAUGAAAUCUCUGACAUUUGUUAUCGAUGCUUGCAAGAUUCUUGCCCAAGCUCGCAAGGUGUUGGCCUACUCAUGUGUGUACAGCUAUUACAACCAGGACACCGAGAAGAUGGAUAUUAUGGAACAACAGACUGAAGCUCUGGACCUUCACACUAAUGCCCUGCAGAUCUUGCUUGAGGAGACCCUGUUGCAGUGCACAGACUUGGCGUCCUGUGUCCGCCUGCUGAAGCCAGAGCACCUCAACACUGGCUUAGAGCUUAUUCGCCGAAUCCAGGAACGCUUGGUGGCUAUCCUACAACACUCUACCCAGGACUUCCGUGUAGGAUAUCAGUCCAAGACUGGGCCAGAUCAGGAGGCAGCACAAGCCUCAAACCUUGCUAACAACACAGACACGAACAAAGAGUCCAAGUCAGAUAGAGGCUCUGACACCGGAGAGUCAGACAACAACAACUAUACCGGUGAAGAUGUGGGUGAUGAAGCAGAGGAGGAUGAUGAGUAUGAUGACGAGUACGUCCCGGAGUGGCACGAGGACUACGACGAGGAAGACGCCGACGAGGACGACUUCUUCUCAGACGAUGAUGAGUCUGAGAACCUAGAGAGGGACUUCAGUCCUUUUGACUAAAUAAAGGUUGAUGACCAGUGAUUGUCAGAAAAGAUAAUGAAGAAAAUGUCUAAACCAGUGAUUUAGUAAACCAGGCCCCUCUGAGUUUUCCUUGGCCUUACAUACCUAAUCAAUGGAAUAGAAUUGGAUGUGUAAGAGCAGGGAAAACAUCAAACCAUACAAUGGACACACUGGCUUAGAAUAAAGCAAAAAAGCUCUACCAACAUCAAAUGUUUGAAGAUGAAAAACACUUAAGUUUAAAAAAAGACUUUAAUCUUUGUUGGUUUUUUUUUUUGUUGUUUUUUUUUUUUUUUUUUUUUUUCCCUCUCCAGUUUAAUCGGUUUUUCUGCCUGGCCUCUUAGCUAGUACUGUUAGCCCCUAUAUCCAACAAUUUGGUUGUUGCAGUUGUUUGUUGGUUUUUUUUUUUUUUUUUUUUUUUUGCUCUUUAUUAUACAGAAAAUGUUACUUCACUUUAAGUUUAUGCUACUCGUUUUCUUUUUCCUCACACUUUCAUAGCAGAUGAGGUGGCCAAGUCCAAGGAAGGAAUUUUUGAGGAUAUACUGAAGCAUAGACAAUACUUUAUAUUUUUUGGAAUGUAGUCCUCUUUUGUUAAUAACCUGUGCUGCUUUUUUAUUCACUUGCAAUGAUAAAAAAAAAGGGAUGUGUAAUCCAGAAAUCCUUUUUUUUAAAACUUAAACAGCAUCUACUCAUCUUUCAGUAUAAAAGACUUGCCUUGAUUUAUUUUGUAAAUUUAUUUGGAUGCCUUCAUAUGCUGUAUUUCCAAAUUGGGUCACCAUAUGAACGAUUGAUUUAAUAUGGAAAAUAUUUGCGGAGACGAAUAUUUGAAGAAAGUUUCAUUCAUGAGCAUCUGAGUUCAAGGGCUACACGGAAAACAAAAUGGUUCUAAACGUGGUUCAGAUUAAAAUGGUUAAAAAGUUCUGCUAACCGGGUCAGAAUAAAGUCGCGCACUGCUCCAUGAACAUGAUACGGCAAUAAACAUUUGAAAGGAUUGCACAUAAUCACAUUAUUUGCUGAGCAAAACAUUGUUUUGCUGUUUAAUUUCUUUUUUGUUUUUCCUCAAAAGAAAAAAAAUUGUCGCUUUUGGACAUGUUUAUGUUCACUUGUAUAAAAAUGGAGAGAUAUUAAAUAUCUUGCAGUGUCCCACUUUGAAUCUGCUGUAGGCUGAGAUGUCCUUAUAUAGUAGUAUAUUGUUCUGCUUAUAUAAUGUUAUCUCUCUUAAACAUGAAGUUAUGCAACUUCAUAAUAUGCUAACUAAAUAAAAUGCUUUUCUUCAAUUUAA